UCAUAUCAUUGUAGCAAAAUGUUAAAGAUUUGCAUAUAUUUCAUUUGUGUUGCAUUGCAAAUUAACUUAAUACUGACACAAAAUUGUGAACAAUGUCAGACGGAAAAUGCGAUAUAUUGCGAUAAUCGAACCUCUUAUUACUUUUGCGUAGCUGGAAGCGGGCCGAUUGGCCAGCUUAAUAUCUGUCCUGAGGGACAAAUAUGCACGAAUACUAUGGAUUUUUGUGUACCGGAAUCCUCGGUGAACGACGACACUAUCCUGGAUGUCUGUAAGGAGAGUGAAGAGGAAAUCGAUAACGUAAAUGGCAUUGAUUGCGAAAUCUGCAAUGGAACAGAUGGUACCUAUGCGUGUGUCAGUAAAACACAAUAUGCCCUCUGUGUAAAUGGUUCAGUUACGAAAUCCAACGUCUUGGAUUGCGCCACCGAUGAAGUUUGUGUGCUAAGUGCUCAAACUGAUUACAAUAACACUUGUGUGCCCAGCUGUGCCCUCUCAUUUUUAAAUCUGGAGGCCACUUGCAGCAAUGAUGUUGUGGUAAUUCCAACUGUUGCGCCACCCAACAAGGAUGCCAUGAAGACAAUUUGUGAUGGCAUCGAUACGACAUCCUUGUUCUUCUAUACUCCAUAUGCGGAGGAUACAAAUUGCAAUGGCUUCAUCUAUUGUCAACGAACAAGUGUACAGGAUACCGCUUGGGUGGUCCUCUAUUUGACAUGUCCAACUCCAGCUACGCCGUACUAUGAUUCAGCCAAAAGGAUAUGUGUCAGCACCAGACCAACUAAUUGCUAGAGAAAGUCACUAAAGCAUUUUAGAUGACUUUGGCUUAGUGUUUCAAUUUCAAUCUUACUAAGUGUAAAAAAUUCAAUUCGUUGGUUUUACAAAAUCUUUUAAGCAAAAGAAGAGCAAACCACAUUAGGUUAUAUUAUUCAAUGGUAUAUCGUCGGAGCAGAAAUUGAUGUGAAUUUGCACCAUCAAAGCCUUACUGGUAAAAUUUCAAUAUCCAAGGAUAAAUAAAAUAAA